AUGGUUGGGAAUGGGCUUGCGAGUCGAUCUCGGACUCAGGUCGGUAAUCUGAAAUUGAUUGAAAAUGUUUCUUCCCCGUUUUAUGUGACAAAUUUCCCUAUUGAUCUCGGAGUGAAGGAAUUAUGGGAUGCAUGUGCGAAGGUGGGGACCAUGGCUGAUGUUUACAUUGCUAAGAAGCUAUCCAAAUUAGGUAAACGUUUUGCCUUUGUUCGUUUUAUUAAAGUGUCAGAUGAUAAAUUGUUGGAAAGAAAGAUUAGAGAAAUUUGGUUGGGUUUAUACCACCUGUUUGCUUCAGUAGCUCGUUUUCAACGAGAACCUGAUCGUAAGAGGCAGUCUGAUUCACAUGUACAUGGUGAUCAGGUGGUGUCGAAAAUUAAUGGGCAGGGGCUCGAAUCCUAUGCGACUGUGGUUAAGGGGGGCAAGGGCAUGUAUGGGCUGAAAGAGCCUAAAUCUACUGUUUGUACUUUAUCUGGGAAGGAAAUAUGCAAUAAUCUGUCCUUAAGGCUUCGGUGUUUGCGAAACUCAGGGAUAUUAGAUUGA